AUGAAAGAACUCGUGGCAGUUCAGCCAACUUUCCCGCAAAAAAGAUUAAGAUAUGUACAGUAUAUGUUCUUUAAUACGAGAAAACUUAUGAAUAUUCCUUGCAUUAAAGUAAUGCAGGCGAUUAUAAUUCGCAAACAUGAAGGUGCUAGCAAACUUGAGGCUGUAAUUCAAAGCAGAUUGGAGGCAUCGUUUAAUAAUAUCCCUCUCAAAAUUUGUAUGAUUCAAGCCGGAAGCGUUAUUGAAAAGAAAAUGUAUGUGUAUGACGAGAUUUCUGAUAUUUUUAUUAAGGAACCUAAAGCAGAGCACUUCCAUAUCACUGACUUGGAACUUAGUGAUAAGGUUUUCAAAAUUUUAGAAAGGGAAGAGGUUAAUGGUCAUGACUUCCUCAAAAUAACUGAAAAGAAGCUUGAAAAAUGGGAUAUUCUAGUGGUCCUGCGACUAGACUUUGCUAAGGAGCUUAAGGAGAAAAAGUUGAGAUCGUUCUCCUCGUACAAGACUAAGAAAGACUUGAGAGAGGUGUUGGCGAAGCAUGAGGCUGAGAAAGCUGAUAUUGAGAAUAUGUAUAUUGAGCUUCUAAAGCAAAUUAGGGAGGAGUAUACCAGGCAUAUAGAUGAACUUAAAAAAGAAUUAGAAUCAAAGAAAAAUCGUAAAUGUAUUCUAAUUGCUCAAGUAUCUUUUAUGAGGGGAUUAGAACUUGAUGCUUUCUUCCGACAUCAUCGAAUGGCAUUAGAAGUGCAAGGGGCACAACAUCGGCUUCAUAAUACUAGCUGGUAUAAAGAUGUCAAAAAACUCGAAGAUAUUGUUGAUCGUGAUCGGAAAAAAAGAACCUUAUGUCAGCUUAAUGGAAUUUAUCUUUUUGAAGUAUGGUAUGAUGAGAAUCCGGAAAUCACGAUUCCUCAGAAGAUAUAUAAAUUUAAAGAGUGUAUUGAUCGAAAAGACUUUAAUCUUGAUUAA